CCCUCGCACGCGCUCUUCCUCCGCCCCUUCUGGAGUCUGAGUGCUGUUUUUGUUGUUGGUGAAAGGUGAGGGGAACAGCUGAUCGUCUGUGGGGAGGGCACAUACCUCAAGGACAGGAUGGAAGAAUCAACACUAAGCCGGGCACGGUCCCGGGGUGGAGUCAACUUUCUGAAUGUAGCCCGGACCUACAUCCCCAACACCAAGGUGGAAUGUCACUAUACACUCCCCCCAGGCACUAUGCCUAGUGCCAGUGACUGGAUUGGCAUCUUUAAGGUGGAGGCUGCCUGUGUUCGCGAUUACCACACAUUUGUGUGGUCUUCAGUUCCUGAAAAUACAACUGAUGGUUCCCCUAUCCAUGCCAGUGUCCAGUUCCAAGCCAGCUACCUGCCCAAACCUGGAGCCCAGCUCUACCAGUUCCGAUACGUGAACCGCCAGGGCCGGGUAUGUGGGCAGAGCCCCCCCUUCCAGUUCCGAGAGCCAAGGCCUAUGGAUGAGCUGGUAACCCUGGAGGAGACGGAUGGUGGCUCUGACAUUCUGCUGGUUGUCCCUAAGGCCACUGUGCUGCAGAACCAGCUGGAUGAGAGCCAACAGGAGCGGAAUGACUUGAUGCAGCUGAAGCUGCAGCUGGAGGAGCAGGUGACAGAGCUGAGGAGCCGAGUGCAAGAGCUUGAGACGGCUCUGGCAACCGCCAGGCAGGAGCAUGCAGAGCUGACAGAGCAGUAUAAGGGGCUUUCCCGGGCUCAUGGGGAGCUCACAGAGGAGAGGGACAUCCUGAGCCAGCAGCAGGGAGACCACGUGGCACGCAUCUUGGAGCUGGAGGAUGACAUCCAGACUAUCAGUGAGAAGGUGCUGACAAAGGAGGUGGAGUUGGACAGGGUUAGAGACACAGUGAAGGCCCUGACUCGGGAACAGGAGAAGCUCCUCGGACAGCUGAAGGAAGUCCAAACAGACAAGGAGCAAAGUGAGACGGAACUCCAGGUGGCGCAACAGGAGAACCGUCGCUUAAAUUUGGAGCUGCAGGAGGCCAAGGGCCAGCAAGAGGAGCACAGUGUUCAGGCCCAGAGACUGAAGGACAAGGUGGCCCAGAUGAAGGACAGCCUAGGCCAGGCCCAACGACGAGUGGCUGAGCUGGAGCCCCUGAAGGAACAACUGCGAGGGGCCCAGGAGCUUGCAGCCUCAAGCCAGCAGAAAGCCACCCUUCUUGGGGAGGAGUUGGCCAGCGCAGCGGGAGCCAGAGAUCGCACCAUAGCCGAACUCCACCGCAGCCGCCUGGAAGUGGCCGAGGUCAAUGGCAGGCUGGCUGAGCUCACUCUGCAUCUGAAAGAAGAAAAAUGCCAGUGGAGCAAGGAUCGGGCUGGGCUGCUGCAGAGUAUGGAGGCAGAGAAGGACAAGAUCCUGAAGCUGAGCGCAGAGAUCCUUCGGCUGGAGAAGGCAGUGCAGGAGGAGAGGACCCAGAACCAAGUGUUCAAGACUGAACUGGCCCGGGAAAAAGAUUCCAGCCUGGUGCAGCUGUCAGAGAGUAAGCGGGAGCUGACGGAGCUGCGGUCAGCCUUGCGUGUGCUCCAGAAGGAAAAGGAGCAGUUGCAGGCUGAGAAACAGGAACUGCUAGAGUACAUGAGGAAGCUGGAGGCCCGCCUGGAGAAGGUGGCAGAUGAGAAGUGGGAUGAGGAUGCUGCCACAGAAGAUGAGGAGGCCACUGCAGGGCUGAGCUGCCCAAGGGCCCUGACGGACUCAGAGGAUGAGUCCCCAGAAGACAUGAGACUCCCACCCUAUGGCCUGUGUGAGCGUGGGGACCUAGACUCCUCUCCGCCGGGGCCCCGAGAGGCCUCUCCGCUCGUUGUCAUCAGCCAGCCAGCACCCAUUGCUUCCCACCUCUCAGGGCCAGCUGAGGACAGCAGCUCUGACUCGGAGGCUGAGGAUGAGAAAUCAGUUUUGAUGGCAGCUGUGCAGAGUGGUGGUGAGGAAGCCAACUUGCUGCUUCCUGAACUGGGCACUGCCUUCUAUGACAUGGCCAGCACCAUCUUCCAUGGAGCCCAAAUUGCCCUGCAUCCCCUCAUUCCUGCCCCUACCCCCUCCCCAACCACCAGUGGCUUUGCCAUGGAUCCUCUGUCUGAGGCUGGCACUGGGGGCACUGCCACCCCACCGUGGAAGGAAUGUCCUAUCUGUAAGGAGCGCUUUCCUGCUGAGAGCGACAAGGAUGCCCUGGAGGAUCACAUGGAUGGACACUUCUUUUUCAGCACCCAGGACCCCUUCACCUUUGAGUGAUGUCACCCUUUUGUAGCACAUGUGUGGACACGCACGUGCACAUGCACACACACACGGACAUCCACUUUGCCAUCCAGUGGGCUCCAUGAUACCCUGUGUCAUAAGAACCACUCCUGUAUGCCCUUGUUCCAUCCCAGCUUGCUAAUGUCAUCCUUUCCUACCUGGCUUUUUGUCCUGGCCAGGGUCCUCUUUGGAAGCAGUGGCUAAACACCCACUGAAAUUGGUUUUGAAGAACCCAGGAUAGAGGAGACCUGUGGGGCUAGAAUCCACUCCUAGCCCAGGUUGCUUCUGAUAUACUCUCUGAUGCCCCAAAGCCAAUUCCUGGGGCACUCCACUCUCUUAUUUGGGGUUUGUAUUUGUUUACCUGAGUUUUCCCUAGGGCCUGCAUAGGGGCAGUAGUAUGGACACUCCUGACCUUCAGAUCUUUUGGUUCUGUUUCUUUGUUUCCUCUUUCCUGGUUGACUUCCAUACCUCAUCCCAGCCUUUUCUGUAGAAUUAAUAUCUUAGAUAUUAAUAUAGAGGUCUGUUUUGUAUUUUUGAGGCUUCCUAUACUGUCUCCUGCCUCUCCCUGCUGCCCUCCCCAAUCCCCUGUAUCCUCACAUGAAAUAAUGUAUUUGUGCCUUCUGUGAGGGUGGGGUGAUCCUACAUGUCCUCAUCUCUAGCCCCUAUCCCAAAGCCCCCCACAGCAAUAAGAGCUUCCUCUCCUCCCAUACCCUUCCUCUCUUAUCUGUAGUUUGGACAAAUAUAUUUAUAUGAUAAGUGUAA